CUUACACACAAAUCCCCUCCAUGCACACACACACACACACACACACACACACACACACACACACACUCACACUGGUAGGGAGAAAGUGGAGCGUGCAGAGGAAUAGACAGCGCGGGAUCACAACGGGGAUCAUGUGAGGAAGACAAGCGGCCAGCAGGACUUACCGCCCGCCGACUCACAGAGAAAGAGACGGACUGAGAGAAAGAGACUGAGAGAGAGAGAGAGACGGAGAGAGAGAGAGAGAGAGAGAGAGAGAGACGGAGAGAGAGAGACGGAGAGAGAGAGAGAGAGAGAGAGAGAGACGGAGAGAGAGAGAGAGAGAGAGACGGAGAGAGAGAGAAAGAUGAGUAUACAUUCGUCCAGGACUUAGAACCGCAGCCGGGUGAUGGAGGAGUCAACGUGUGGGGCAUGUUCCGGUGGCACCGACUCACAGACCUGCGGGUGAGGGCACCACUCCCAAAGGACCACCGACCACCCACCUUACCCUACCCUACCGGGCAGCAGAGUGUGGGGCAUCGUGGACCGCGGGGCAUCGGGUCGGCAUGAACGUUCACCAGAUGGCCUUGCGCUGGGCAUGCCUGGUCUGCCUGUACCCACUAGCCCUGGGCGGCAGCACCCACCUGCCCAACGGGCGCAAGAGGAGCAAGGACGUCUUCCUGGGGGAGAAGACCCGGCACAAACACGGAGGGCGGAUAGACUUUAAAAUGAAGAAAUCAGACAGCACCAAGUCUCUGCUCAUAAAAUCCGAACAGCUACUGAGGAUUGAGGACCAUGACUUUGCUAUGAGGCCUGGCUUUGGAGGUUCAGCCAUACCUGUGGGUAUCGAUGUUCAGGUUGAAAGCAUCGACAGCAUCUCUGAAGUCAACAUGGACUUCACCAUGACCCUGUACCUGAGGCACUAUUGGCAGGACGACCGCCUGGCGUUCCCCUCCAGUAACAAUAAGAGCCGCACGUUUGACGCCCGGCUGGUGAAGAAGAUCUGGGUUCCGGACGUGUUCUUCGUCCACUCCAAACGUUCCUUCAUCCACGACACCACCAUGGAGAACAUCAUGCUGAGGGUCUAUCCUGAUGGGAACAUCCUCUACAGUGUUAGGGUGACUGUAACAGCUCUGUGUUCAAUGGACUUCAGCAGUUUCCCCCUGGACACACAAAACUGCUCUCUAGAAUUGGAGAGUUACGCCUAUAAUGAGAAUGACCUCAUGCUCUACUGGAAGAACGGGAACGAUUCACUAAGGACUGAUGAGAUCGUGCUCUCACAGUUUUUUAUUGAAGAAUUCCAGCCUUCCUACGGGCUAGCCUUUUACAGCAGCACCGGCUGGUAUAACCGCCUGUACAUCAACUUCAUCCUGCGGAGACACAUCUUCUUCUUCAUGCUGCAGACCUACUUCCCCACCAUGCUGAUGGUCAUGCUCUCCUGGGUGUCCUUCUGGAUCGACCGCAGAGCCGUCCCUGCACGCGUCUCCCUCGGCAUCACCACAGUGCUGACCAUGUCCACCAUCAUUACGGGUGUGUCGGCGUCCAUGCCCCAGGUGUCUUACGUGAAGGCGGUGGACAUCUACCUGUGGUCCAGCUUCCUCUUCGUUUUCCUGUCGGUCAUCGAGUAUGCGGCGGUCAACUACUUCACCACGGUGGAGGAGAUGAAGAAACUGAAGAAGAGCACAGCCACAGGCCUGGUUCCCACCACAUACAACACUAACCAGGCCAUGGCUUUUGACGGCUGUUUCCAUGACGAGAUUGACCUCUCACCUUUCCCCGAGCUGCCCACCACGCCCACCACGGACCGCGCGGCACCCCCACGGAACUCCAGCUUCGGCCCGGAGCCGCCCUCGAGGAGACGCAGCGGCUAUGGCGGGCGGCGGGUCGCGCACAACCUCAAGUUCAUCAUGAGCAACAGCUACAUGAUUGACUCGUACUCGCGCAUCAUCUUCCCCCUCGCCUACCUGCUCUUCAACAUCAUCUACUGGUGCAUGUACUCCUGAGACACACACACACACACACACACACACACACACACACGCAUUCUGAGACGCCUACCUGCUCUUCAACAUCAUCUACUGGUGCAUGUACUCCUGAGACACACACACACACACACGUACUCCUGAGACGCCUACCUGCUCUUCAACAUCUUCUACUGGUGCAUGUACUCCUGAGACACACACACACACACACACAUGUGUACACACACACACACACACACACUACUACCCUGGCCCUCUGAAUCGUCCAGUUCCUUAUCGACUGGUCAACACUAUAGUACCUCUGUACCCCACUGCUGCACUACCAUGUACUACAACACACCACAGUGUGCACUACGGUACUGCACCUUUUUCUACUUCAGUAUACUACAGAUCCACACUACAGUACUUCAGUAUACUACAGAUCCACACUACAGUACUUCAGUAUACUACAGAUCCACACUACAGUACUUCAGUAUACUACAGAUCCACACUACAGUAAAGCUACCCAGCAGUAGCAGUUACAGGAACAGGAAGACAUCAUCAUGAUCUCCAUGACGACAGAACUCUUACUUCCUUGACUGCCAUGAGCCCAUUUUGGUUCUGCCUCCGCAGCAGAACCUAGAACCUAGAACUUCCACAGCACACACACACACACACACAAAGAACCUACGGAGACGCAAUGAAUGAUGAGCAAACAGGCUGCCCAAGUGCACCCUGGGAGAUUAGAGACAGAGCCGGAGAGGAUUCUGGGAUAUCUGAAUGCAGUGCACCCUGGGAGAUUGUAGAGAGGAUUCUGGGAUAUCUGAAUGCAGUGCACCCUGGGAGAUUGCAGUCAGAGAGCAUUCUGGGAUAUCUGAAUGCAGUGCAUCCUGGGAGAUUGUUUUUUUUUUUAAGAGGUGGCGGACAUAUCCGUGAUGUAAUACUCCUGAUAUUCUGAUGCGUCCCAUUGUGAUGGCAGUAGCUGUAUCUGUCCAGUGGAGGCUGGAGUGGACGGCUGCAGCGGAGGCUGUCCAGUGUUUAUUGACUAUAACAGCGGCACAGUCCAGCAGUCCAGCUGAACAGUCUAACUUCUGCCGUCAUAGAAGCUGCCACAUGUUUAUGAGGGUUUUUAUUUCAGCGCCGUCUACAGAUGUUCAUAUAGCAGUUCAUAAAUACUUAUUUACAUUUAUACAUUGCAUUUAACUUUUGUUUAUUAUUUUAUUUCAAUUCAGUUUUAUGGUGUGUGUGUGUGUGUGCUUGAGUGUUUGUGUUUGUGUGUGUGCUUGAGAGAGUGUGUAUUGCAUUUUUGCAUGUGUGCUUGGUCUUUACAUUCAAGCAAAUCUCAUAUUUGUAGCUUAAAUAAAUGCAUUUUAUUAUCUUUGGUGAUUUAAAAAGGAGUUGUACAGUAAUGAUCUUGAGGCUCUAUAAAAAAUAAACAUACAUAAACAAUAAACAUGUGCUCAUUUACUGCAAACAACACAUAACUUUGAUCAUUCUCUGUUUAGUUGUGUACUUGUACACUCUUUGGUAAGAGUGGGUCUAAUAUGAAUGAAUAUGAUUCUAGAAAGUCAGAGUGAUGAAAUUACACAGUAAUGGCAAAAGCAAUGUCAGACACCAUCAUAUAUACAAUAUACAGAAUAUACUGACACACAAGGAGCGCGAAAGAUAUUUAGCCAGGGUGACUCGUCCACUUCCAGUUUUAAUCACAAGGGGGAGCUCCACGUCCACAUGAAGGAGAGGUCAAUAUUACACCCUCACUAGGUGGACAGGGCAGUCAAUGUGGGCAAUCCAAUAGCCGGCAAUCCAACGGAAAUGUGAGAUGAAACUUCAUGCACACAAUAGUACAAUAAUGAAAAACAAGAUACUUGGCUAUUCUGUUGUCUUGAAUAUCUCAGCAACAGAGAAAUGAAACUGCUCCAACUACCCUCCAAGUAUAUUAUGAUAACGGCCUUAAGACAAAAUAAUUAUUUUUGGUGAAAGCAAGUCAAUCUGCAAAACACUGCACUACACUGCACUGCGUACAGGGUCUUGAUUUGUCAUUCAGAUCAGAAAAAUACUAGUAGUUACACUCUUUAAAGGUUGUAUCAGCGA